UCAAAAAAAAACUGAUGAACGGCGAGCGUUAAAGCCAUGCGAAGGAGAGAAGGGUAAAAAGCCUUCACGCAGUCGUCUCGGUCUCACCGCCGCCAACACCCUUGCCGUCGCCCCGGACACCGCGAUAUUCCCGUGACCUCGUCGCGAUGGCCGCUCCCGGCAAGCCCGACCCGGCCGCUGUGCCGCCGAAAGCGCCGCAGCCGCAGCCGCAGCCACCGGUGAAGGGGGCCAUCAUGCGCCGCAUCUUCCCCUUCCUCCUCGCCACCAACAUCUUCAUCGGAGGUGGCAGGACAUAUAAAUUUCUCUUAAAUACCUACAAACGAGACCAGGACAAGAAAAAUGCUGAGACCGCAGCAGCAGCAGCAGCUGCAGCAGCAUUGUCAGCCCCACCUGCUGCAGUUGCUAAGCCUGCAGAGCCUGCUCCUCCACCGAAAAGAGUACUCCCACCUUUAUCGGAAGAUGAGCAGCGCCAGGUCUACAAGUGGAUGCUGGAAGAGAAGCGGAAGAGCAAACCACGGGACGCUGCUGAGAAGAACAAAAUCAAUGAGGAGAAGGCUCUUCUCAAGGAGAUCAUCAGGGCAGAGUCUCUCCCUCGUUUGUGGUGAUUUCAUCAGUUCUCCUGCUGGCCUUGGAUGUUUUUUCUCCCCCUGCAAUUCCAGUAAGGGUAUAUUUUAUUGUCAAUCUAGCGCUGUUAGCUGGCACAAAUAGUAUGGCUUGGCGUGCUGAUACGUCGACAUUUCGUAGCCAAUUUUUUCGAGUAACUCCAGUCUCUAGGAAACGGUUAGCUUUUAGAAGCAAAAUUAUGAUGGUGGAGUCUAUUCUGGAGAUAUUCUCACGCAGUAAAUGAUUGCUCCAAAACAAGGGGCUGUUUUGUUCGCGUAGCCUGUCUGGAGAUGUGCGGGGUGUGGUGUUUUGUUGGUAUCUGAGACUCACCUUCAGCCUUCAGGCCUCUGGAUUUUGUUGCAAUAAUCAACGUUUAUAGUAUGAUGACCCGUUGAGCAUGCAUUGAGCUCC